AUGGCAGCAUCGACCAAAGUUUUGUACGAAGUAGAGCGAAUUCUCGCUCAUGUAGUUGAAAAUGGUGAAACACUGUACCAUAUCAAGUGGAAAAACUGCAAAAAAAGCGAGUCAACGUGGGAACCGGAAGAGUCCUUAAAAGUAAGUCGUAGUAUCAUUUUUUUGUAUUUUAACAAGUAAAUUAAAUUUUGUAAAUUAUUUUUAUUUAAAAACACUGUAACGCAAGUCCUGUUUUAAAUUUACUAUCAUUAUAUUUUUUUAGCGAUGCGGAGGUCUGCUGACCAAAUACAAAGCAUCGGUGGCAAGGACGAAAUGCCGCAAACGACUCCAAAAAACCGCUAAGGUUAGCAAGAAAGACCAAAACGCCAAACAAAGUAUUGCAUCACGGUGCAAUAAGGUUUUGGAAGAUAUGGAAAAAGUGCAUGUCGCCGUUUUAACAAUGCUCGGAGAGUCUCAAUUAGUCGUAAAAAAUGAGAACAAAGAAAAUAUUGACAUUAAAAUCGAAAGUCUAACUACACAAUCUGAAGCAACACCCACUCUUAGCCAACAUCUUAAAAAGUCAGAGGAAUAUAUGAAAGAAAAAGAGUACGGUUCAAAAUAG